GGCACCAGCGCGGGCACCGGCUGGGGCGCACUCGCAGGCUGCAGGCCCAGGCUCUCGGCGGCGGGGCUCGGUGAAUCUAGGGUCCAGCUUCCAAAAUGUGGCAGCUCUUGGCGACCCUCAGCUGCCUGGUGGUGCUGACCAGUGCCCGGAGCAGGCCAUAUUUCCAGCCGCUGUCGGAUGAGCUGGUCAACUAUGUUAACAAAUGUAACACUACGUGGAAGGCCGGACACAACUUCCACAAUGUGGACCUGAGCUACGUGAAGAGGCUGUGUGGCACCUUCCUGGGUGGGCGCAAGCUGCCCCAGAGAGUUUGGUUUGCUGAGGACAUGGUUCUGCCUGAAAACUUCGAUGCCCGCGAACAGUGGCCAAACUGCCCGACCAUCAAGGAGAUCCGAGACCAGGGUUCCUGUGGCUCCUGCUGGGCAUUUGGAGCUGUGGAAGCCAUUUCUGACCGGAUCUGCGUCCGCACCAAUGGGCAUGUCAGUGUGGAGGUGUCUGCCGAGGACCUGCUCACCUGCUGUGGUGACCAGUGUGGGGACGGCUGUAAUGGGGGCUUUCCUGCUGAAGCUUGGAACUUCUGGACAAAACAAGGCCUGGUUUCUGGUGGCCUUUAUGACUCCCAUGUAGGUUGCAGACCCUACUCCAUUCCUCCCUGUGAGCACCAUGUGAAUGGCUCCCGGCCCCCAUGCACGGGGGAAGGGGGGGACACCCCCAAGUGCAGCAAGAUCUGCGAGCCCGGCUACAGCCCAUCCUACAAAGAAGACAAACACUACGGAUGCAGUUCCUACAGCGUCCCCAGCAGCGAGAAGGAGAUCAUGGCAGAGAUCUUCAAGAACGGCCCGGUGGAGGCGGCCUUCUCUGUGUAUUCGGACUUCCUGCUGUACAAGUCUGGAGUGUACCAACAUGUCACUGGAGAAAUGAUGGGAGGCCAUGCCGUCCGCAUCCUGGGCUGGGGAGUGGAGGAUGGCACCCCCUACUGGCUGGUUGGCAACUCCUGGAACACUGACUGGGGUGACAAUGGCUUCUUUAAAAUCCUCAGAGGCCAGGAUCACUGUGGAAUUGAAUCGGAAAUCGUGGCUGGAAUCCCAUGCACUGAUCAAUACUGGAAGAGGAUCUAAUCUGCUGCGGCCUGUCGGCCAGCCCGGGGCAGUUUUUCCCUAAAUAGAGCCAGCUGGGGUCGGGCUGGGGGAGGAAUGUCUUUUAUUGAGUUCAGAUAAGAUACAAGAGCUUUUAGACAGGGCCUGAAGGACUGGAUUGGGCCAAACCUCGUGUCUGCCAUCAGAGUUGUCUUCCAAGGAAACACAUCCCAGGCCUGGCUCCCUCCCAGCGUGGUCAGCGGACUGCUGUCACAAUGCACACACUCAGACCACGUAAGCCCCUGCUGCAAGCCAGUGGGUCCUUCCCCCCCAGACUACUACUGUGUGUAGUGCCCGCUGCUCCGGCUCCUGCAACCACCUCCUCCUCCCUCCCCAUCCGUGCAUUCCCAGGGAGCAAGACAGACCUAAAGGGUUUGUAGGUUUUCCAAAGAAGUCCUAAAGUGGACUUCCUAACGAGACAAAUUCCCACACGUCGGCAGUACGUCUAAACAAGCAGAUUUCUAGAUUUGGAAUAGGUUGAGAAGAGAAAUAGUGGGACGGGCAGCCCUGUGGAGAAAGCCACGUUCUCCCAGGGCCCCUGCGUCUGAGCUUUGCGCUGUUGUUAACCCUCUCUGGUCUUGUCCUUGGCAUGAUUCUUUUUUAAUAGAAGUUUUAUUUUCUGUGCACCUCAGCUGAUCAUGUGAAUGAGAGUCUGAUCAUUGGAAGAGCUGUACUAGUUUUACAGAGACUGUCUCCUUAAAACAAAACGGGGUGGUUGUGAUUUGACUGACCUCUAAUACCACAGUGAAACUAGUUUGGGAGAAACCAGCUUUUACUGUCUAAAAAUCACCACGUCACUCUGUUAAUUUACAAAGAAAGGAAUGACUGUGCCAAUAAAAGUUUUCUCCUUCAGUGUGAAGUCUG